AUGACGGACGCCGACGACGAGCAAAGUCGACAAUUCGCCGCAAGUCGGUCACAGUGCUGGGAGUCUGCUUUGAGAACACCCCGAAUUGGCGAGCACUCGGACAUUCAUAGACAAGCUGCCAAGAGCCAUCUGGCCGGGUUUACUGGCAUCCAGAGGUUUACCGCCGGCGUUACUUUGGCGGUCUUUGCUUUAAGCCGACCACUUUCCGCCCAAGCAGAUGAGGCAAAGCGCGGCAUCGGACAGUUGAUCAAAGUCCCCAAAGGUCUAGGCUUUCGUACCGUCAUUUCGGAUCAAUCCAGUACAUUUCUUGAACGACUUCUGCGUCCAAUGAUGGCUCAGGAGAUCAAACUACUGACCACGAGUGACGAUGCUGUGGCGCCGUCAGUCGUACCGUCUGGGCUAUAUGACGUCCGACAACAGCUCGUGACAGUAGCCAGGAACUCGACCACAAACACUCGGACGAAGUCGACGCAAAGUAAUAUCGAGGUUGGCACAGCAUAUAGGUACAGCGAGCAAGGGACUUUGGGUGUCAAUGGGCCCAAUGGGGAAGGAACCGACCUGCAGGUCACGGCGGAUACCGAGACCGAGCGGUAUAAAGAAUUCGACGAGGGCGCGUCGUAUGCUCAAGUCGAAGACCUGAGUAGCUACGAGGCGUUACAGGACAACCACCUGUUCCCAAUCCUGCGGCCAGAAUUCUCAAGUCAGACACCGCUUGAACGAUCACAGCAGCAGCAGCCGCCGCCACUCCAAGAGUUCCAUGACUUUUCGCACGAUUCCAUUCCGAUCACUACCGCCUGGUCUGGUGGCGAUGAUAUCGUGCAAUCCUGGGUCUGGGAUGAUUUAUUCCAAAUCUCAUGA